AUGAGUGAAGAUGCAGCGGAUAAAGAAAGCCUAAAAGAAAGGGCUGAUAAGGCCGAACGUGAAUUAGUAGAAAUUCAACAACGCUUACAACAUGAAAUUGACAAGCUUGAAAAGACUAAUAGAGACUUACGACAGCAAAUAUUGAAGAUGGGAAAAAGUGAAAAAGCUAAAUAUAUCAAGAAAUCUCUGAUUGACAUGUAUUCAGAUGUAUUGGAUUUAUUGGCUGACUACGACGCCAAUUAUGAUACCCAGGAUAGCUUACCCCGGGUUGUCGUUGUCGGUGAUCAAAGUGCUGGUAAGACCAGUGUCCUAGAAAUGAUUGCAAGAGCAAGAAUAUUUCCCAGAGGCUCUGGUGAAAUGAUGACAAGAUCUCCUGUUAUGGUAACUUUAUCUGAAGGUCCGCGCCAUAUUGCACAAUUUAAAAACAACGACCGAGAGUAUGACUUAAAUCAGGAGCCUGAGUUGAACGCCCUUAGACAAGAAGUUGAAAGAAGGAUGAAAGCCAGCGUUCAAAAUGGGCAGACAGUUAGCCAUGAAACUAUUUCAAUGAGUGUUAAAGGACCUGGAUUACAGAGAAUGGUUCUCGUAGACCUGCCCGGAAUAAUUAGUACGGUAACAGCUGGAAUGGCUACAAGUACCAGAGAAGACAUUAUUGAAAUGAGCAAAAAAUACAUGAAAAAUCCAAAUUCCAUCAUUUUAUGUAUUCAAGAUGGUUCCGUAGAUGCUGAACGAAGUAUAGUUACCGACCUUGUCAACUCCGUUGAUAAGCAAGGAAAGAGGACCAUUUUUGUUCUUACUAAAGCUGAUCUGGCAGAGAAAUCGCUAGCUAACCCAGAUAGAAUAAAGAAAACUUUGGAAGGACGACUAUUUCCAAUGAAGGCUCUAGGUUAUUUUGCUGUUGUUACCGGUAGAGGUAACACCGAAGACAGCAUUGAGACUAUUAGACAACAUGAAGAAGAAUACUUCAGAAAUUCUAAACUAUUUAGAAGUAACGUUAUCAAGGCUACACAAAUGAAUACUCAAAAUCUUAGCCGUGCAGUUUCUGAGUGCUUUUGGAAAAUGGUGAAGGAAUCAGUAGAACAACAAUCUGAUAGUUACCAAGCUAUCCGAUUCAACUUAGAAACUGAAUGGAAAAAUAGAUUUCCUGGAAGGAGAGAGCUUGAUAGGAAUGAAUUAUUCGAUCGAGGUAAAGCUGAAAUAUUAGAUACGGUCUUAACUUUAAGUCAACUGCAACCGAUGGAAUGGUAUACGAAACUCAAGGAUAAACUAUGGCUCAGCAUUUCAGAACAUUUUGUAGAAAAUAUUUAUAUUCCAGCUGCACAAACGGAGUCAUCUAGUAAAUUUAAUACCUAUGCCGAUAUCAAGUUAAAAGAAUGGUCAAAGUCCCACUUAUCCGGCAACUGUGUUACGAUUGGAUGGGAAACGUUACUGGAUGAAUUUGCAGCUGCUUUGCGAAAGAACGUUGCUGUCUCCCGAAGUGCUGGAAUGUCUAGCGUAGAUAACAAGCUAUUUGAUGAUCUGAAAGAAGCUGUUAUUAAUAUUUGUAACAGAAAUCAUACCAUCUCAAACAAUAAUAUUGAAAAAAUGCAUGUCAUCCAGUCAAAUGCACUGGAAGAUUUAUCAGUUCCUGACAAACAACAAUGGGAAUCUGCAGCUAAAUUCUUGGAAGAAACUUUAAACGAUAAACUUAAGCAAGCAAUUAAUGAGUGGAACCAACUAACAGGCCCUAACUUCACUGAAAGGUGGAUGUCAUGGAGAUCAACCACACCUGAGCAGCUGUUACGACAAGCAGCAGGAUUAGAAUUUCAAAAAUUGCUACAAAGUCGAAAGAGUCAUAAGUCACACUUAGAUUUCGAUGAAGUAAUAAUGGUAAAAAGAAACCUAGAAACGCAAGGACAUACGGUUUCGGAAGAACUGAUUGAAGAGAUAUGGCGCUUGCAGUAUCGAAAGCAUUUUUUGCAGAUGGCUAUAGCGGAAGCCCAAGAAUGCAAAGGUGCAUUUUUUCACCGGAAGUUAGGAAAUGAUGAGUUGCAAUGCGAUGCCGUAGUAUUAUUUUGGAGAAUGCAAUCAAUGCUGAACAGUAGCAGCAGAUUUUUACGGCAACAAGUAGUAAACCAUGAAUUUGGAAGACUAGAAGAAGAAGCGAAGCAAGCGCUUGACGAAAUAGAGGAUGAUGAUAGCUGUAAAAAGAAACUUCUUACUGGAGAUCAAGUUAUUCUAGCUGAAAAACUAAAAAAAGUCAAGCACAUACAGAGUAGAUUGGUAGAGUUUGUCAAAUGCUUAAACCAGGAUAACAAGUGA